UUGGGGGAGAAUGUAGUUUAAAAAAAAAGUAUUUAGUAAUGAUCAUUUUUGUAUUGAUUUUAUUUGGUGAGUUGAAGAGCGGGGUGAGAAUGAGUUGGAGUGCGAGUCAGCAGCGCAAGCGGUUAGACGUGUUUGAUUUUGCCGCCGCCGACGAGAGAGUUGAGAGGGAAUCUGCAGAGAUACUCGGAAGGUUUAAGAACCCUAAAAGAUGCCGCAAGCCACCUUCUCCUCUCGACAAAUAUAAGUUUCUUCAACGCUUUGCUGGGAGAAAUGAAGUUAGCAACAGUCCAAUUGAUCUUGAAGUUGAAGAUUGCAAGAGGACUAAGCAAACGGAAAGUAGCAAUGAACCGAUCGAACUAGAUUCUGAAGUUACAGAACCUCAAUUUUUGCAAAGUCACAAGACUUGGGAAAGGGGAAAGAUUGAUGGACCGAUUGAUGUUGAUGUUGAAGAAGUGCAAGUGACCAAGACUGCACCGAAGGCCAGUAGAUAUAAAGACAAAGACGUUAAUGCUAGUGUUACAGGUCCGCUAUGCACAUUUCCUGCACACCGUCCUGUGAACAUGAGAGAUGAGAUUCCUGACUUGGAUAACUCUUUGCAGUCUUUUUCUUCUAAUGAUGAGAAUGAGCAAAUUGGUAUAAUUUCAAAUGACAAUGGCUUGAUUGAAAUGAAUUCUUCAUCAGCAUUUGCCUCUUCUCAUGUAGAGUUUGGAGAUUCUCCUGGGGAGCAAGUUUCGGCUAAUGGUUCUGAUGUACAUGAAAUUGAAAAGGAAGAUGUGGAAAUUAUCAUUUCGCCUGAUUUUAUAAUGUAUAGGGGUAUGUAUUGCACAGAGGGUCAGUUAACUUUUUCAAAAACCUUCCUCAAGUUUGAGGACUUUAGUGUAAAUGGGACCAAGACAAAAAUUAGUUUUGUAUGGGCUGUGGGUGAUAUCAUCAGUAUUGAUGCAGAAUGGUGUCAAAGGGUUGAAACAGCCAUUAUGAAUUUUGUUCUACAAUCAAAGAAUUCUAAGAGAGCUGAAAAUGCAAAUGAAAUUUCAGUCAUUGAGUCAUUGAAGUUUUCAGUAUAUGAUCCUUGUUGGUCUGAAAGGCAGGACUCAAUCAAAUCAUUGAGUGUGAGAUACAGGGAUGUAUGGAACACUCUUUCUGACAAAAAUGAAGAGAAUGCCUUGAUGAGGCAGAAUGGCAGGUCUUCUUCAAAGCCAUAUUUUUCUGAUUUUCAUGAACAUUUUGAAGAAGUUAUCUAUCCGAAAGGUGAUCCUGAUGCUAUUUCAAUUAGCAAGAGAGAUGUUGAACUUCUUUGCCCAGAAACAUUCAUCAAUGAUACUAUCAUUGACUUCUAUAUUAAAUAUUUGAAGAAUAAAAUUCAACCCGAGGAGCAACAUAGGUUCCACUUUUUCAAUAGCUUUUUCUUUCGGAAGCUUGCUGAUCUGGAUAAAGGUUUAUCUGAUGAAUGUCAAGCCAAAUCAGCAUUUCAACGUGUUCAUAAAUGGACGAGGAAGGUGGAUAUCUUUGAAAAGGAUUACAUUUUCAUUCCUGUAAAUUACAGUCUUCAUUGGAGUUUGAUUGUCAUCUGUCAUCCUGGUGAAGUGGCUAAACUCAAAGAUGAUGCAACUGAAAAUUUACUUAAAGUGCCUUGCAUCUUGCACAUGGAUUCAAUUAGAGGAAGUCAUAGGGGCCUUAAAAACCUUUUCCAGAGUUACUUAUCUGAAGAGUGGAAACAGAGGCAUAGAGAGGCAGCAGAUGAUGUUCCUUCAAAAUUUUUAAAUUUACAGUUUGUCCCACUAGAGCUGCCACAACAGGAAAAUUCAUUUGACUGUGGCCUCUUUUUGCUGCAUUAUGUGGAAUGCUUUCUUCUUCAAGCACCUAUCAAUUUCUCCCCUUCUAAGACAACAGGAUCCUCCAACUUUCUUAAUGUGAAUUGGUUUCCACCUGCUGAGGCUUCUUUGAAACGUUGUCAUAUCAAGAAGUUAAUCUAUGAAAUCCUGGAAGAACAAUCCUGUAGUUCCCCGUUAGUUGAAGGCAUCUAUAAAUACUCUUCCUCCGUCUUACCCCUCCAUAGUGAGCAAGAUUCUGGAGUAAAGUCCAUUGACCAGAUUGGCAGUUCAGCAGAAACAUGUCAUGAUCAUUCCUUAAAUUCUAACGGUUUGAUACUCUCUGCUGCAUCCCCUACAACAGUUCUAGAAGGCCGGAAAGACUCGGAAUUAGAGAUUUUUGAUUGUUAUGAGGUGGGAAUUCUCGGGGGAUCGCUUGGAAACUAUACACAUGGUCAAAGAAAUGCUAUGUCACCUAUAGAGGAAAUAGAAGAGACAAGUGAAGAAAUUGCUGCUGAUUCUCCCAUAGAUCUUGAUGGUGAAGCUUCUGGAUUGGUAACUGAACCUCGCUUAUUCAUACGGUGUCCUAGCAAAGACGUUAGUGUAUUAAGUACAUCAUGGAACCAACAUAUGCCAUUGGAUGUCGAGGAUUCAGAUUUUAACAAGUUGAGUGAUUCUCCAGAUUCAUCAGAGAUAAGGCUAGACGAUGAUGACCAGGUAUCGAACCAUGGAGGGGUAACUAAUAAAACUAUAUCGUCCGCAACCUCAAAUGAAGGUUACUCUGAUUGUAUUAUUGAAGAUUCUCAGGAGCACGAUGACAUUGCGAGUACAUGUUCCUCUUUGUACUUUGAUAGGGACAUUUCAGCUCUAUCCCAUCAAGAAGUAGACCCGACUACGAAAUUUGAUCUUAAAGAAAAUUUGAUCCCGAUGACCAAAGGUGAUGAAGAGCCAGUCACAGAGGUUCCCAAGGCAUAAAUAGCUUCUUGCCGAAGGAAAGCUCGAAGCUUUUCAAAAUUGUUGCAUUUCUGAUCCCAUCAACAAGCAAAAUCGAUCUGAAAAGAGAUUUCGAUGCCGAUGAAUGAUGGAGAUCAUGUGUCUGAAAGGCGAUGAACAAACCGGUCACAAAGGGUUCCAAAGGUAUAUACCACUUCUUAGCACUAGUUAACGUUGUAUACUUUUGUCUGUCAUGUCAGUAAUCCAUGGUUUCCAUUUUGUAUAUUUCCAUUUUCCUUUAGAGAAAGUUUAGUAGUUUUCUGGAAAUCAAAUUGAAUAUCUACUCAAAUCGAAUCAAAUUACAUUUGAUUAAUUAGUUUUAAAA